GAGCUCGCUGGGGUUUCCUUUUUUUCCCUGCCCGAGCGGAGAAAGAUGGCGGGGGCAGGCGCCGGCGGGAUGGCGCUCAGGGAGCCGACGGGUCUGCGAGGCUGAGCUGCUGGAGGAGGCCGCUCUCGGGGGCUGCUGGGAGGCCGAGAGGGAGGAAGGAAGGGCGGGAAUUUCGCGGUGGCGGCGCUCUCGCUCUUCCUCGGGCGAGAGGAGCCGGCGGCGGCGGCGGCAGGGCUCGUCCCGGGGCCCGACCAGGGGUGUGGAGGCGGGAAAGCGAGAGGAUGAAGAGCCCGGCGCGGCGGCGUCGCUGCUGCUGCUGCAACCCGGGGAGCCGCCCCAGUUGUGUCCCACCAGGCCGGGCCGCUCGCUAGUCCGUGCUGGAGGCGGCGCAGGGCAGCCCGGGCGCCGCGGCCGCAGAGCAGCUGCUGGAAGGGGAGUGCUUGCCGCCCAGGCUCCGGCCCGCCGGGGCCAUGCCGUGGCUGAGCGGAGGGCGGCGGCGGCGCCAGCAACAACAGCCACCGCAGCAGCCGCCGCCGCCGCCGCCGCCGCAGCAACAGGCUCCAGCCGCUAUGGGGCAAGGGAUGGGGCAGCCGGCAGCGCCGCGUGGCCGGGAGAACUCGGAGCUGCCUUUGCCCGCCGGCUGGGAGGAAGCGAGGGACUAUGAUGGGCGAGUCUUCUAUAUCGACCACAACACCCGGCAGACGUCGUGGAUCGACCCCCGGGACAGGAUUACAAAGCCAUUGACAUUUGCUGACUGUGUUGGCGAUGAACUGCCUUUAGGAUGGGAAACUGUUUACGAUCAACAGAUUGGUGUUUAUUACAUGGACCAUAUCAAUCAACUCACACAGAUUGAGGACCCAAGAGAGCAGUGGAGAAGAGAGCAGGAGCGCAUGUUGAAGGAAUAUUUAAUUGUUGCCCAGGAAGCACUUAAUGCCAAAAAAGAAAUCUACCAAAUUAAGCAGCAGCGUUUUGAGCUAGCACAAGAAGAAUAUCAGCAGCUGCAUAAAAUGUGUGAGGAUGACAGUCGCUCUUAUGCCAGCUCAUUCUCUGGAUUUUCAACCAAUACCAAAUACGACCCAUGUCAGAUUAAAGCAGAAAUAGCAAGUAGGCGUGACAGACUUUCUAGGUUGAAGCGGGAAUUAACGCAGAUGAAGCAAGAACUACAGUACAAAGAGAGAGGCGUAGAGACAUUACAAGAGAUUGACCGUAAGAUGUCAAAUGCCCAUAUGAAUUACAAAUUGGAUGAAGCCCAAGCAAUAAUGAAUGAGCUUCGAAGCAUCAGGAAGGCUAUUUGUAUGGGUGAGAGAGAGAGGCAAGACUUGAUGCAGAGUCUGGCCAAGCUGACAGAUGGAUUCAGGAAUAGCUGUUGUAUUACAGAAUCUCUGCAGGAUCUUCAUCAUAAUUCUAGCCCACUUAGUGACUCCAGUUUACCUCAACACUACUCUGAUGCUUGUUCUCAAACUGAUAUCAUUGGAGAGGAAUGGGCAACUAUCUCCAGCAUGUUUGGAUUUGAUGACAAAAGACGUGCUGACAAAAUAAAAUUGAGCUGGCAAUAUGAAGAGGCCAGAAAGAAGGUUUUCAGUAUCCAGCAACAGUUGGCUCUGCAUGAUCAUGAGUCUUGGCCAGGGAUGGUAGAAGCGGACAGAGACCAUCUUCAGCUCAUCAAAGAGAAAGAAGCUCUCCUACAAGAACUGCAGGUCAUAAGCCAGCAGCAGAGGUCCCCGGAAGACAUGGAUCGUUUAGAGGAGGAAAAGAGGAGGUUGGAGGAUGAAAUCCAGCAGGCUCGGGCCACUUCUUCUCAUGGUGCAGCCGAAAGGAUACUGUUACAAGAAAAGAAGAACUGUCUGCUCAUGCAGUUGGAAGAAGCAACUCGUUUAACAUCCUAUUUAUGCUCGCAGUUGAAGAGCUUGUCUGCCAGCACACUAACAAUAUCAUCUGGAAGUAGUCGGGGGUCAUUGGCAUCCAGCCGUGGAUCUUUGGCGUCCAGCAGGGGCUCUCUCAGUUCUGUCAGCUUCACAGACAUCUAUGGUGUUCCUCAAUAUGAGAAAUCGGACAGUGCUACAGAGUAUGGGCAGCUUAUGCGAUAUGACCCAGUUCCUGUUGAUUCUCACAGUAAAGAUGUACAGUAUAUUGAAACUAUUGGACAUUCUAGCUGCAGUAAGCAAAGGAGAUCAUUGGACACCCCUUUAUCUUUAGCAUCUCUGUCCUCACGGUCUUCUCUGUCCUCACUGUCGCCACCAAGUUCCCCCCUGGAUACCCCCUUCCUACCUCCUUCUCGGGAUUCUCCAUUGGCCCAGCGGUCAGAAGGAUAUGAGGAAAUGAUGGGAACAGGUGCCUUAGAAAUGCUCAGAGCUCAGGCCUCUAUUUUGGGUGAAGACAAAGCACAAGAAACUGUUUCAUCCAAGGCUCUUGAAUAUUCUACAGGCAGUGAAGGACUUCGAGAAGCAGGACUGCAGCUGACAAAUGUUCCAACCUCUGGAGCUGUGACCCUACGUGAAGAUAGUGCUAGAAGGUCAGAGAGGAGAGCCAGGCGAGUCUCAGCAUGUCUGUCCAAUUAUUCACUGGCUAGUGACAGUGGCGUGUUUGAAGCUUUAAGCAAAAGGAAUGAGGAUAUUGAAGAAUCACUUUACAGUGAUGCUGUCAGCAAUGAAGAGCCCAAAAUGCAAGUUGGAUUUCUGCAUGACAGUGCGACUGAGUGUCUUCUGGUCCAUGUGUUGCAGCUCAAGAACUUCACAGGCUUUGCUGUGAAAGAAGGCUGUAAAAUACAUGUGAGGAUAUACUUAGCAUCUCUUGAGUCGGGCACAUCAACCACUUACUGCUCCAGAGCUUUGGAAUUCCAAACUCCCUUAGUGUUGAAUGAAGUCUUCCAGAUUCCUGUACAUUCAAAUAUUUUGAAGCUGAAAUCACUACAGCUUUAUAUCUGUUCAGUUGGCCAUCACCAGCAAGAAGAAUUGUUGGGCAUUGCUCAGAUUAGCCUAGCUGACUAUGAGAGCUCCAAUGAGAUGCAACUUCACUGGUACCCCAUCCAGAUAUUCACUGGUUCAGACUGUGAGCAGACAAAAGACAGACCAAAAUGUGAAGAAAAUGCUUCUCAGAUUUUCGAAAACAAAGCUACAAUGAAAAUGGAUGCUGUGACUGCCCUUUUAGCUAGGACCACAGCUCAACUGGAAGCUGUGGAGAGAGAAUUAGCAGAGGAGAGAGUAAAACUGGAGUACACAGAAGAGGAAAUUCUAGAGAUGGAGCAAAAGGAAGACCAGCUAGAAGCUGUGUCAGAGAGAAGUUGGCAAGCAGAAUCAGUUGACAGUGGAUGUAGUAAUUGUAUGCAGACUAGUCCUCACCCAGAGUCUUACUGCAGUGAAUCAUUACACAGUCAUAUGCUUGCACCUCAAACAGAGCAGUGUACUUCUAAAAAAGUCUCGCCUCCACCUCUAAAGGCAAAUAAGGAGACCAACACAGAAGAAACAGCUUUGCUUCAUAAAAACAGAACUGGCCGUCGAUCCCGUGGGUCUGCUUUUGUUCGUAGUAGUACCAUCGUUCGCUCACAGACAUUCUCACCUGGUGCACGAAGUCAAUAUGUUUGCCGACUAUAUCGUAGUGACAGUGACAGUUCUACUCUGCCAAGAAAGUCUCCAUUUAUCCGAAAUACUUUGGAAAGACGUACGCUGCGUUAUAAGCAGCAAUCCUGUAGAUCAUCUUUGGCUGACCUUAUGGAGAGGACGUCACUAGACCUGGAGCUGGAUCUCCAGGCAUCCAGAACAAGGCAGAGGCAGUUGAACGACGAAUUAUCUAUCUUGAGAGAGUUGCGGCAGCGCCUGGAGGAUGCCCAGCUUAGAGGUCAGACUGAUCUGCCUCAUUGGGUGCUUCGGGAUGAACGAUUUCGAAACUUGCUGAAGGAAGCGGAGAGGCAGACAAGGCAGACCAAAUUUGAACAUCGUCAACAACAAGCAGCAGAAAAAUUGCUUAAAAAGGCAUCCAAAGAAGUUUACCAACUACGUGGUCAAAACCAGAAGGAGCCUAUUCAGGUUCAGACCUUCCGGGAGAAAAUAGCAUUCUUCACAAGGCCAAGGAUCAACAUACCUCCUCUGCCGGCUGAUGAUGUUUAACAUGUUGCUUUGUAAACAUGAAGUAUUUAUCUGCCUGUUUAAAAUGAAGUUAUUAAACUAGUUAAGUUUAUUUUUUAAAAUCGUUGUGCAAAGACUAUUAAUAUACACAUUUUGUAAAAAAAUAAUAAUAAAGUAAACAAAAACAUAUAUAAAUAUAUACAUCUAUAUAUAUUAUAAUAGUGACUGCAGCAAGGCUUGGUUUUUCCUUGUUGUGAAAUUGACAUCUCGGAAGACAACUUAUUUUAUAUUAAAAAAAAAAUCAACUAUCCUGUUAGAGUUAUGUACUGUUUUUAUGCUGUUUUAUUUGACUUAAAAGGCUGGAAGACAGAAACAACGUGAGUUCAGGCAAAUUCACUGUAUUGUAAUUUAUUUAUAGUAACUCAUUUUCCUUGAAGGAAAAUAUUUACUUUAAUAUGUAUUUUUUAAAAAACAGAAAUUUUGUUACUCAGUAUUUGUCAUACAGUAGAAUGGAACCAUUGAGCUGGUUUUGUUUCUGAUAGCUGAAAUGAAAAUACUAUGUUCUAAAUUUGUCACUUUUUAAUCAGCUUUACUGUCUGCAUCUUAUAAUGUAUCAUGUUUUUUUCUGGCACUGUUUUGAUAUCAAAAUAUCACCUGCGAUGUUUUCUUUUUUCUUUUUAAAAAGAGAUUCAGUUAAAAUGCCAUUAAACAUUGCUAGGUGAAACUGCAUGUUCUUACUGUGCACUACUAGAUUGUUCUCAUUUCAGUUGUGUCAAGUAUGUCUCUUAUAAUUUUAACUAGUUUUUCUGUUUAACGAGGGAAGGAAGAAGGUGACAGGUCUCUCUAGCUAUUGUUUUAGGAAAGGCACUUGUGAGUUUUCCAUAUUAAUCAGCAGUGUAGGAUUUGGACACUUCUACUAUUUGACUGUUCCAGAAAGUGGUUAGGACCUCAUUUAGGAAACUAUCCCAGCUAUCAUGGGACUUACCAGUUUGUUAUAUUUCCUCAUAAAUCUUACAUUCACAACUUUAUUUUCUUUAAUUAUAACGAUACCUUAAAGUGUGACUCAAAAAAACUUAACACCAUACUGCUUUUAAUGCCACAUACAGAGGAGGUGCUGUGGAUUACCUGAUCAAAUACCAGCUUAUGUUUGCGGAAGCAUCAUAACAGUGAUGUGAGUUUUGCCUAUGGUUCACUCAUGGCUUUGUCUACUUUUGUAGUAAAAAAGCCUAAUUGUGUACAUGCCUGGAACUUCUUUAGUUUCUGAACUAUUAGCAGACAUUACCUCUUUUCACCCAUCACUUUCCAUGAAUGCUGCAGACUUCACCAGCGAUUCUUCAGGUUUCCACAUGAGCUGCUAUGCAAAAUUCAACUAUGUGGCAUUGUCCUGCUAUAUUAGAAAUAUUCCUCAAAAAAAGCUACUGUCCAGAUAGUACAUUUUGUGGUGUGAUUUCAAAUCUGUGCUAAUUCUUUGUUUUCUUUGUUUUUGUUCAUUUCUAUUCCCUCCCCCACUUUAAUUAUUCAAAUUGCUGAGUAAAACCAUUUUCAGUUGCAUUCCUAACCUCCAUAGCACUAGCAAUCUCUUCUGACCUCAUAUUACAUGUACAGUUUAAUACAUUUUUCUUAUCCCAUUGCUAAAGUGGUUGAGUGGCAUAAGCUUUUGCAUCAAACUGAGAUUGUUCUCCUGAAUUUGUAAGAUCUGCUAAAGCAGUUUGUUGCCCUGUUAAACAUUAUUUUUUUCAUUUGUGUUCUGUAGCUUUGAAGACGGUCACUUGGGCUUUAGGAGAACUUGUAGUUUUUGUUAACAAUGGACUGUCACCUUAAAUUCCCGAGAGUGCCACUUCUUGUGUCUUGCAAAUGUAUGAAAAUGACUUUAUUAUGCUAUUGUAUUCAACUUCAGUUACCCAAAGAAUUAUGUCCCACAAAAUGGGAGCCUAUAUUUUGGGGACUUCAAGAAAUGAACACCAUUUUUAUAUGGGACACUGUCAAGUCAAACUUUGAUGUUAGUUAAAAAUCAAACAUUGCCUUAGGGAAGCCUGAUACCAAAGAAAGUUGUUAAGCUAAAAACGAGUCAGCUUGGAACUCAAGCAUUGUGUUAAUCUCACGAGAACCUAACCAUUAAAUUGUUUUACAUAGUCUUGUGUUUUGAGAGAGAUUUUAAACCAUAUGUAGUGCAAAUCAUUAAAUCUGGAUUAAAGAUUAACAGUGUAAUCUUGUGUAUGUCGACUCAGAUGUAAGACUCAUUGAGUACAGUGGGACUGACUCCCAGGUAAGUGUACAAAGGAUUGCAGCCUCCAUCUGUUAAUUUUGUAUGAUCAUAUUUUGAUGGAUGCUUCAAGCUUUUCAGUUGGAAAUGAGAAACGCUUGGCAUUACCAUUACGGGUUGCUUUGUAGAAUCUCUGCUUGGUAUGUUGGUAGAUGGAAAAGGGUCUCUUGUCUGGAAAACAUGAGCUCAAAAUUCCAAAGGAACAAGAAUAAUGGUUUGUAACCGGGGUAGAAGCCCUAAAGGGGGAAAAAUCACGGCUCUAGUUCAGUCGUUAGGAAGAAUUAAGUAUUUCCCAGCACUUAACCAGGAGGUGGUCUUGAGUUGUUCCAUCAUAUUACAAACUGACAUGUAAUUAAUUUGGGUUACAAUUCAGCAGCUCCCAAUGCACUUGAAAAAUGCAGUAGACAAAGAAGGCGUUCCCAUUUUACCCCCAGUGUGAAGACAAAUAAACACUGCAAACGAAGACCGUGUUCUAUCACCUGUGAUGUAUACUCCUUGUUUGUGACAAAGAGCAGGCAGUGUAAAUUUGUUGCCAUCUAUUAUGACAAAUUACUGUAUUUUGUUUGCGUACGUUAAGCCUAUGUGGAGUAAAUGGAAGGCACUGUAUGUGAAAUAGAAAACGUUUUGGAGGUUCCCUGAUAAGGUAUAUUGCUGGGUUGUAGUGGUGGUAGCUAUGCAGUAUGCCCAGAGAUUUUAGGGAAGAUAAGAUUCUGACUGUUAAAAUGAAUACUGCUACAGUGUGUUAAAGCAUAAUAUCCUCUCCAGUAUUCAUUUCUUGUGUUUGUCAUACUUUCUGAAUGGAUUGUGUCAUUUGUAUUUGAAAAGUAUUCUGAAAAAUAAAUUUUUUAAAAACUUGCCAUAAA